GUGCGAACCGUCUUAUAGAAUUACGACCGAGUUAAUGACUGGACCGGCUAGGGUUAACAAUGCUCUGAACAUUCGGAAACAGGAAAACUCUACUGUCUACUGGAAGUUUCCCGCUUAGAAAAUCAUUAACGGAUAUUUGGAUUCUAUAUUCACUUUUCAACUUCUGUUCCCAUGGCGGUAGAAAGACUUUUCAAAAAUGAAGCUACCGAAGAAAAGGGUGAGCGAGCCAGAAUGGCCUCCUUUAUUGGAGCAAUGGCGAUUGCUGACUUGGUGAAGACAACCUUGGGGCCUAAGGGGAUGGAUAAAAUUUUACAAUCAACUGGCAGAGGGCACAGUGUUACAGUUACGAAUGAUGGUGCCACCAUCCUAAAGUCUCUACAUAUUGACAACCCUGCUGCCAAAGUCCUUGUGGACAUCUCAAAAGUCCAAGAUGAUGAAGUCGGCGAUGGAACCACUUCAGUUGUUGUCUUGGCUGGGGAGCUUUUGAGGGAGGCGGAGAAGCUGGUAAAUUCAAAAAUCCAUCCGAUGACAAUUAUUGCAGGAUAUCGUAUGGCAGCUGAAGCUGCUAGGAACGCGUUGCUGGAAAAGGUUAUGGAUAAUAAACAGGAUGCUGAUAAAUUCAAAGAAGACUUAUUAAAGAUAGCAAUGACCACUUUGAGUUCCAAAAUUCUCUCUCAGGACAAAGAACAUUUUGCAACACUAGCUGUCGAUGCAGUUAUGAGGCUAAAGGUAAAGUUAUUUGCUCUUAGUUACUUGAUUGAACUUGAACGAGUGGUUCAGAGGAUUGAAAACCAAAAUUCAGCUGGAGAAAUUUUCCACUCUAUGGUUGAAAGUGCAUUGCAUCAAUAUGGUCGUGGCAGUGCUGAUCUUGUAACUGAAUUGUGCAGUGAAGGCAGGCUUUCACAUUUUGGAUUCUAUAUUCACUUUUCAACUUCUGUUCCCAUGGCGGUAGAAAGACUUUUCAAAAAUGAAGCUACCGAAGAAAAGGGUGAGCGAGCCAGAAUGGCCUCCUUUAUUGGAGCAAUGGCGAUUGCUGACUUGGUGAAGACAACCUUGGGGCCUAAGGGGAUGGAUAAAAUUUUACAAUCAACUGGCAGAGGGCACAGUGUUACAGUUACGAAUGAUGGUGCCACCAUCCUAAAGUCUCUACAUAUUGACAACCCUGCUGCCAAAGUCCUUGUGGACAUCUCAAAAGUCCAAGAUGAUGAAGUCGGCGAUGGAACCACUUCAGUUGUUGUCUUGGCUGGGGAGCUUUUGAGGGAGGCGGAGAAGCUGGUAAAUUCAAAAAUCCAUCCGAUGACAAUUAUUGCAGGAUAUCGUAUGGCAGCUGAAGCUGCUAGGAACGCGUUGCUGGAAAAGGUUAUGGAUAAUAAACAGGAUGCUGAUAAAUUCAAAGAAGACUUAUUAAAGAUAGCAAUGACCACUUUGAGUUCCAAAAUUCUCUCUCAGGACAAAGAACAUUUUGCAACACUAGCUGUCGAUGCAGUUAUGAGGCUAAAGGGAAGCACAAAUCUGGAGUCCAUUCAGAUUAUUAAGAAACCAGGAGGUUCAUUAAAAGAUUCAUUUCUAGACGAGGGAUUUAUUUUAGACAAGAAAAUUGGUGUUGGCCAACCAAAACGGAUUGAAAGUGCAAAGAUCUUGGUGGCAAAUACUGCUAUGGAUACAGAUAAAGUGAAGAUUUAUGGGGCACGGGUUCGUGUUGAUUCGAUGGCUAAGGUUGCUGACAUUGAAGGGGCUGAAAAGGAAAAGAUGAGGGAGAAGGUGCAAAAGAUAAUUAACCAUGGGAUAAAUUGUUUUGUUAAUCGUCAGUUGAUUUACAAUUUCCCUGAAGAAUUAUUUGCUGAUGCUGGAGUACUUGCAAUAGAGCAUGCUGAUUUUGAUGGUAUUGAGAGGCUGGCUCUUGUUACUGGUGGUGAGAUUGCAUCAACUUUUGAUAAUCCAGAGUCAGUUAAGCUUGGACACUGCAGGCUCAUUGAGGAAAUAAUGAUUGGGGAGGACAAGCUGAUCCACUUUUCUGGGGUUGAAAUGGGUCAGGCGUGUACUAUUGUCUUGAGAGGGGCAAGCCCUCAUAUGUUGGAUGAAGCAGAGAGAUCUCUGCAUGAUGCAUUGUGUGUGCUAUCUCAAACUGUAAAUGACAGCAGAGUAUUGCUUGGAGGUGGAUGGCCUGAGAUGGUGAUGGCAAAGGCAGUUGAUGAACUGGCCAGGAGGACUCCUGGCAAAAGAUCUCAUGCCAUCGAAGCUUUCUCACGUGCACUUGUGGCCAUUCCAACUACUAUUGCUGACAAUGCUGGUUUGGACAGUGCUGAGAUGAUUGCUCAACUUCGUGCAGAACACCAAAGAGAGGAAAGCUCUGCCGGGAUUGAUGUCAUCUCUGGAUCGGUUGGCAAUAUGGUGGAGCUCGGGAUAUCUGAGUCAUUCAAAGUGAAGCAGGCUGUAUUGCUCUCGGCAACUGAAGCUGCUGAAAUGAUUUUAAGAGUAGAUGAAAUAAUCACUUGUGCCCCUCGACAGAGGGAAGACAGAAUUUGAAGAAAUGCUUUAUUUAUAACUGGAACUGAGAAAUUUAUUGUUAUGCUUUGUAUUUGUGAAAUCUGUCGUGAACCAGAUGAAUUUGUGAUGGUAGAAGAAAUCUGCACGAAUAGGAAUUUUUGAGGAACGUAUCUAGAGAGAAUUUGAUUUGGUUAGACAAUGUGUGGUUGGUAAACAAGGAUCAAUUUUUUAGAAAAUCAAAUUGGAUUUUAUCAUUUCUGUA